AGAGGCUGGGACCUGCCGGGGCGGAAGGCGGAAAGCGGAAGGCGGAAGGCGGAAGGCGGAAGCGUAACCAUGUGGAUGUCUUAACCUGAAGUGGAGAAUGGCGAAAACCCGACUUGGGCCCCCCAGAGCCCCGGGGCCUGCGGGGUUAGCCGCCCGAGACCCUCGAAGGCAGCAGGGGCAGCAGAAACGAGGGAAACAAUCUCCGACGCCGCAGCUGAUACAGGCGAGAAAAGAGAAGAAGAAGGUAGAUUCUAAGCCCAAGAACUUAGAUGAUCAAGAGAUUCCUUUCCGACUUCGGGAAAUUAUGAAGAGUCGUCAAGAGAUGAAAAAACAUAUCAGCAAAAAGAAAAGAAAAGAAGCCCAAGUGACAUUCAGGCAGAAGUUUGAAAAGGAAGCAAUGGGAUCCCUGUCAGAUGUUCCAGUUCCCAAAUUCAAGCAGGGAAAAAAGGAGUCCGAUAAAGCAUAUGUCCACCGAAUGGAACAAGAGGCCCAGCACGUGAUCUUCCUCAGUGAGAACCAGGUGGAACGGAAACCAGAAAAGGAAGAAACAUCUCAGCAAAAGAAAGAGAAAUCUCAGCGGAAGAAAGGGUUCCAGCGACGACGUUUGGAUAAAGUUAGACAGCAGAAAGAGGAAAAAGCAAUAGCCAACCUGGAAAAAGAACUAUUUCGAGACUCUGUGAAAUUUGGUGAGGUUGUUCUUCAGCCCCCAGAACUGACAGCAAAACCAAGGAAGAGCAUCAGCAGUGACAAGCUUGGCAAGAAAUCCCUGUUGCUGACAAGCCUCCUGGCCCCUGGCAGUGCCCCCCAGCCCUCAGCCGUCUCAUUGGCUCGACAACGGAUUGUGGCAGAGGAGAGAGAGCGUGUCGUGCAGGCCUACAGGGAGCUAAAGAAAUUCAAGCAGCAACAGUUAGAGCAAAGGCAAAUCUUUAACCAAACUGAGAGGAAGCCAAAGAAACCAGCCUGAAGAAGAGCCCCAGGAAUCUGUGGGACUUGACAUUGGUGUCCAGGAAUAACAGGGAUGACUCUUCCUGGUCAGGGCAGAACUUAAGCCUGCUUGGUCUCCUUUUUCUCCCUAGAAAAACUACAUCUUAGGAGAUAGGAAAUUAUAGGUAUCCCUUCUACAUCAAGACUUUCCCCAUCACAGUUUGAAAACAUCAAAGAUCAACAAGAGAAAUUAAAUGGGAAUCUGGGAGGAGUUUUGCAAGUCACAGAUGACAGUGAAGGCCAACAGACAAUACAGAAAAAAUUCAGAAAUGUAUAAAGCAUGUGUAUAGUAUUAUAUAACAUCAACAUAUUGACCAAAUAUUUAACCCAGAUUUUAUAAUAAGGUACCAUAAACACCCUAUAAAAGAAAAAAGAAAAACUUUCUUCUCUGAUAUAAAGGGAGGGCCAAAAAAACUUUAUGUGGAUUUUCCAGAUGACAGGAGCACCAAAUCCCUAAAUCCCACAAUGUAGAAGGGAUAGGUACUUCUUCAUGGCGCAAAGUGAUUCUUAACAACACAGAUGCGACACAUAGUAUCAGGGUGCAAACCUUCACCUUUUCUGGGGACGGAAAGCUCUUAAGUAGUCCCUGGCUUAAUUCCCACAGUUUAUGCUAUGGCUUUGCUUACCUCUACCAAGAGAAAUGAUAGGCUUCUGGUGCUACAGCCCAAAGACAGAACUUCACUUGCAUUCAUUCACCUGCCAAAAUAUUUCCUGAUUAUUGCAGGCACUGCUCCAGUCUGUAAUAUUUAUUGGGAAAGGAAAUAGGAUUGAAAAACAGGGGAUAAUGGGAGGUUUGUAUGAGGGUAAGGAGGAGUUAUGGGGAGAGAGGGAACACUGUUUGGUGAGGCAAGGGAGGGAGAUGCCCCCUGCUGAGAGGAAGCUGCAGGGGUCCGAUAAGGACUCUUUAUUCUGGAAUGAUUGAGCUGAAGUUCAGCUCCCUCUAUGACCAGAAAAGAUAGUCCACUUAUCUGACUGCGAAUUCAAAUAACAUAAAGUUUAAUGACUAGUUGGGAUUGGAGUUUUUCUCAGCUUCAGAUCUGAGGCUGGCGGAGAGUUUGUCCCACUCCCGUCUACUCUUGUUGUUCUAAUUCAGAAUCUUAGCAGUACACAGAAAGCAAACAAGAACAAUUCUAACCUUUAGAAGCCUGUGUCUUUGGGCUGAACCAAGAAGAGCAUGCCACUCCAGACUGGGCUGAACAAGCUCCUCUCUCCUCCGACACCAGGACCCCAGACUCCACCGGCAGGAAGGCAGUGCUCGUCACAAGACCCAACUGCCACUCCCAGUUGGCCCUUCCUCCCCACCCCCCAAACUAUUAGUCUAGUUUCCUUUCCACAAGUCUCACCCUAAAACACUGAUUAGAUAGGCUGAUUUGAUCCUGUAUUUUUGUAUCACAUUGAUAUUGUACCUGUGAAAGGUAAAAUACUGAAUGGCAGCCAAGUUUGGAUAUGGCCAUUUGUAAUUUAUACCUACAACCUUGAAUAGUAAAACUUGGCAAUGUCA